AUGCAGCAUGACCCUGCGUGUGGGUACUGUCGUCGCGAUUUCGAUGACUGGAAAUCCUUGGAACAACACUGGAAAACAUCGUCGGUACACGCCAUCAGUCCUCGGCUAGUGGAAUGGGAUCUGGAAGAAUCGGUCGCAACCGAUUACGACAAUACGCCUCGAUACCUUCCUGUCAGAGGAGUCGAGCGCUACUGCGUAACAUGCGAGGGGUGGUUCCAGGUGAAGCCAGAAGGUCAUUGUCAUGUAAUCACACUAGGCCGAGCGAAGCCUCAUCAAUCGGCCGCACGCGAUCUCAAGUGUCCCUUUUUCCCGAGAAUGUUUGGGCAGCCCUCGGCCAUCGCGCAAUAUAUCGAGUGUGGCGCUUGCGGGGCUGCGCGGACCGUCGACCGUCAUCAGGUUACCACCGCCGUCCAUGCACUUGAGGUCUCGCCAUCCGUCAGUAUUGCACACAGUCGGCUGGGAGCGGCGCACCCCACUGUGCCCUCGCCUAUGGUGACGGAGAUGGCAUGGAAUUCGCAUGUCUCGGCGUAUGAGUGCUAUCUGUGCCACCUCCGAUUCAAGAGCCUACCCGGCCUCAAUCAACAUCUGGCCUCGCCGGCGCACGACCAGAACGAGUUCCGCUGCCCUCAGCCGACAUGCGCGAAGGAGUUCAAGAUCAUGUCGGCGCUCGUCCAGCACAUCGAGAGUGAGGCGUGCGGUUUAGCGCGCUUCGCUGAUGUGCGGGAGCACACGAAGGCUUUGACGGACAGGUUCUCUAUGUAG